AUGAGUCAACAUCCAGUAGCCUCGCUCCACGCUCCGGUGGCAAGCCUGUUCGACACCAACGUUUUGGGGUUGAAGUCCACGCUGGACAGCAACAACGCAAUGACAACCAUGGUCACCGCGGCGGCCAAGGGAACAGUGGUGGUGAUGUCAAUGGAGGCGGUAGCCGUGCGCCUUCGUCGCUCUCGCCUGUCGACACUACAAGCUACCACGUGGCUACGUGCAUGUGCGAGCUGUGCCGCCGAGGGCGAGCCAAACGAAUUCCGGGAGCCCACGCGUGGCCAACCUAUAAGUUUGUUGGUGUGGAACCUAGGCUUGUGUCGGCCACCCUACAGGCGCAGCGGUUUAGGAGACACCCGCGGGGGCGGGCUUCUUGCGUGGGGGAUAAGGCAUCAUGGCGGUUGCUGUGGUCUUCUCAGCACCUCAGUUGAACUACUGCCGAUUCCCGUGGAAUACGGCUUGCCUUGGGAAGCUUCAAGGUCCCACGUGUUCCGCAACCUGAAGCGGGGUCAGCGGAUCAACAGCUUUCCAAGGACGUACGAGUGUACGCGCAAGGACGCCCUGUCUAGAAACAUGAACCGCAUGAGCGAAGUGCACGGAGCCAGGCACUUCAGUUUUGCACCUCGAGGCUUCGUUCUUCCAGCCGAGCGGGAGGCCUUACGUGAAGCUAUGCUCAACACAUCAGAGGGGGAGACUUGGAUCGUCAAACCCGCGAGUUCUGCAUGCGGACGGGGGAUCUACAUCACGAAAAACUUUGCCGAUAUGCCAGUGGGGACGGGCCCUGACGGAAACUGGAUCGCUCAACGAUACGUGGAAGAUCCGAUGCUACUGGACGGCCUUAAGUUCGACUUGAGGUUGUACGUUGCCGUUACUAGCUUCCGCCCCUUGAGGGUUUACCUGCAUGAGGAAGGCCUCUGUCGGUUGGCCACAGAGACCUACAGGCCCGACGCACCGAGCUUUGGCAACAAGUUUAUUCAUUUGACAAACUACAGCAUCAACCGAAGGAGCAACCGCUACGAGCAUGGGAUAACGACCGGGGCCGACGAGCUUCAGCAAAGUGAAACGUCUGUAGGAACGGCACUUUCCCAGAACCAAUCUCCAGAACGGGCGCAUCACGGCGCGGGUUGCGUGUUCUUCACCCCACCCCAUCGGCCCUCCGAUGGCGCUACCACCGACAUCGCAACUGAAGAAACAAACGGCUUCACCAGCAGUGCAGCUUUUAAGGGGUCUACCGCAACCCCCACCACCAUGCCGGCAGGUGGGGGAAGAAGGGGCUGCAGCCCAAACUUGUCGACAGGUGAAAGAGAAUACGGAGAUGAGGGAAGAAGUGCGGUAUCCAUCGACGUCACGGAGCCAACGACGGUCCAAGGAAGUACGCGUACAGGAAAGAAAGAAUCCGGAGGCUCUUCGGCUGGAAGCAAGAGGGUUGGGGGGGGGAUGGGGAGUAAGUGGAGCCUAAAGGUUCUUCGACGAAGGUUGGCGGGGAUGGGAGUGGACGUGCCUGCGUUGUGGCAAGACAUCCACUCCGUGGUGAUCAAAACUCUCGUUGCGAUCGAAGCUCAGGUAUCUGCGGCUGUGGAGCUGCUGGCGAUUCGCAGGGGAACCUGUUUCGAAAUGUUUGGUUUCGACGUCCUGGUGGAUCGACAGCAAAGGCCGCAUCUACUGGAAGUGAACUUCGCGCCGUCUCUCAAUACCGAUAGCGAUUUAGACUUGGAGAUCAAGUCUAAGGUGGUUGCCGAUUUGCUCAACCUUGCCGGCAUUCGAGGGCCCUCAGAACGGCCCCACUCGCCAGCGGCUGAUGCUACAGGAAACAACACAACUAGUGGUAGCGCCCAUAGGCGUCGAGAGGGCAUGCAUAGGCGAGGGAAAGCACAAGCACCGGGAAGGCAAGGCACCGAAGAAGCCAUUGCGGGUCGUGGAAAAGGUGAUGGUGGAGGCCGCCGCAGAAUGAACAACAGCAGUGGGGACGAAAGCGAAGUCGGUAACGUUUCGACGGUUGACGGAGAUGCGGUCGCUACGCCGCUACGCAACAACAAAGCCCUGGGCACUACCUGCGGAGCGAAACAAGUAUUGAAUGAAGAAGGUUGGCAUAGAGGAGGAGGAAGGGCAAGUGCCGCAGGUGUAUGUGUGCUGUCAGGGGCGCCAGAUGGUGUCGGUGAUGAGUCCCUUGACCAGGCCGCCAGACCUACGACGACCAAAGAGACCGAGAGAGGGAGGCCUACCAGUCGCUCAAAGAAUAGGCAACGCCACGGAAACGGUGGUGAUGGCGAUAUCGGCGGCGGCAGUGGCGACAGGGCUGCUCCCGCCUGGGAGGGAUCCUUUCGGGCGGGGGACGGGGGAGCUCCGUCCACAGAGGAAAUGUCCGCGGUCGUAGCGGAAAGUGAACGCGAGCUUGGCCGGGCCGGGGGGUUCGAGCUUAUUUUCCCCGUGGCCAGGACCGCCAACAAGUACUUGAAAUUUUUCGACGGACCUCGCCCAUUCGAGCGUCUACUCGCCGCCGCUUCGGCGGCAACAUCGCCCCACAAGGGUACUCGGGAAGCCAGGGGUAAGGCAGCCCUAAAAGGGAUGCGGUACGGGCGGGACAGCCGGAAGAAUGGUGGUAGAAAAGGCGGUGAUGACCAAGAGCAUCGACACCGGGUAGCUCAGUAG